AUUAGAGGGAAGAGUAUGCGACAUGACCAGAAUAUGGCAUUCAAUACAGCCACAAAGCAAUUGGACGCACAACUGCUCGCCCCCGAAGCGCAAGGCCAUCUUGAGAUACUGCAACCUCACAGUAUAAACACCAUCGGUGGGCAAAACGCAGGCAAUUCAAGGCUUUCUGCCGGUUCGUCUUUUCAAUCUGUUAUGACGUCACCGGACAUUCUUCCUCCGACUCCUCUCGUGGAUAGAAGUUUCGCCUCACCAAUAUUACUCACAAACCAAGGCGAAUUACCCAGCGAUAUGCAACAAGCCUUAUCACAGACCACGGGGUCCAGUAACCAACUUUGGGAUGCAUCCAGUGUCAACCAGCAACGUGCGCUAGACAAUUCACACACGGAAAUCUUUAUGGGCGCCUCAAAACACUCACCAAGAAGAAAGCAACCGACGUUGUCAGAACAAAUGGCAGGAUUGAUUUCAGGAGAUAAUAUCAUGCCAGGAGAUUCUAGUUCGGUUGUUGAUCCAAGAUUUGGAAUUAUUUCCUCACCCGACCAUAUUGCAACAAUGGAGGUCGGUUCGAGUCUUGGUGCUCAUAGACCACCACCUGACAACUGGCAUGCCAGUAUCCAGCAACGAAAAUCAUUGCACCAACAACCGAAUAUCCGUACGCAUAUUCAAGAUCACUCUGGAAUGCGUAUUGCAACUCCGCCACCUCAACGCUUCCGAGACGGAUUGCAUUCACUUGGAUUAUUGUCAGACUCGUUUGUUGUAUCUGACGGUGGGGCAUAUGUCAACACAGACGCUGAGGUCAAGGUCAGGUCUGGUUUGUCGGCCAUCGCCCGUCAAACGCCACGACCGCCGCCUACACAGCCUCCCCAAGCUCCCACCAAACGACCCGAACAUGUGAUUGAUCUGAAGAGUCGAGGCAAGUCGUGGGAUAACUUCAAAGAAAUACCCUGGGGCAAAGAACAAGGCAUAUACAAACCUGAAGUUGCAAAAGGUCAAGUGACUCCUGAACUAGAAGUACAUCCACCUGACCAGCGGCAUUCUUUAAGAGAGCAACACAUUUCGCCGCAGAGGACAGAUAUGAAGCCAUUCGAGCAGCGUCAAUCUGUAGCAGAAACUCGUGCGUCACCGAAAAGGACGGAAGUCAAACCACCAGCUAAACCUACAGUCAAACACGCAUUGGAUAACCUUAUGAUAUAUAUCGACACAGUCAAUAGGAACCUCAAAGACACAACGCAAGCGCAACCUACAGAAACACAGCCAGUCAAAGCCCAAGUGAAAGAAGUCUUGGUGAAAGGGACUGGUAAAACAAGUUCAUUGCAACGAACCAAUACAGGCUUAGUACAGCAAUCGGGCAAAUAUAAAACAAAUGCAUUGAAAAAAACUGUUAAAAUGCCAAUAUCGCUGAUGAAACAGACUGGAAAAUCUCAAGGUGGUCCAUCCCACAGAACAGGGAUUAACCAAGAAGUAUUGAUACAACAAACCGGGAAAUCUGGAGGUGGUCUUUUGCAUAAACCUGGCACAACGAAAGGAAAUUCAUUAAUGAAAACCGGUAUACGUCAAGGAAGUCUUCUACAAUCUGGUAAAUCUCAGGGCGGUCCUUUACAACAUAGAAAGCCUCAAGGUGGUGCGUUACAACCCGGUAAACCUCAAGGUGGUACGUUACAACCCGGUAAACCUCAAGGUGGUGCCUUACAACCCGGUAAACCUCAAGGUGGUGCGUUACAACCCGGUAAACCUCAAGGUGGUGCGUUACAACCCGGUAAACCUCAAGGUGGGGCUUUGCAAUCCGGUAAACCUCAAGGUGGUGCGUUACAACCCGGUAAACCUCAAGGUGGUGCGUUACAACCCGGUAAACCUCAAGGUGGUGCGUUACAACCCAGUAAACCUCAAGGUGGUGCGUUACAACCCGGUAAACCUCAAGGUGGUGCGUUACAACCCAGUAAACCUCAAGGUGGUGCGUUACAACCCGGUAAACCUCAAGGUGGGGCUUUGCAAUCUGGAAAACCUCAAGGUGGGGCUUUGCAAUCUGGAAAACCUCAAGGUGGGGCUUUGCAAUCUGGAAAACCUCAAAGGGGCGUUUUAGGACAAGCUAUCAAAACUCAAGCAGGUCCACUACAAACAGCGGGUAAAAUACAAACAGGUUUACUGAAUCAAGCUGGUAAAGCUCACGGAGGUCCGAUGCAAGAAGCAGGAAAACGUCAAAGCAAUUCACUUCAGAAAAAUAUGAAUUCGCAAGGCGGUGCACCAGAACAAAAUGUUAUAUCUCAAAGAAAAAUGAUUCAACAAGCCAGAAACAAGCCAGCUGCAUUAAAACAAGCUGCUACGAAACUGGGAGGUUAUGUUCAUAAAACCGGUGCAAAUGAAGUAAAUGCAUUGCAGAAAACUGGUGGUAGAGGUUCAUCUUUAAAUUCAGUGACCAAAAAUGAUAUUGCAUUGAAGCACCCAGGAAAAGAACAACGUAUUCCUCAAAGACUUAUAAGCCAAACAAAACAAGUUCCCCCUGUCCAAAGUACAGCAUCACGGAAAUUCCAGAUGCCAAAAGGCACAUUAUCGCAAAAUAAUGUCAAACAAAGUGCUUCAACCCGAAUAGAUGCAGUAGGAAAGUCUGAGAGCAACAAAUUAUCUGGAAUGGCAAAAACAGUAAAUAUGAAUCAACCAUCUAACAGGAUGCCAACAUCAGUUGCUGGUGAUAAUACGAAGAAAUCGUCUUCGCAGAAUGUCAUCAAUGGAAAACUAGCGACAGAUGCAAAGAAGAUAAGCGCUGCGACUAGUCCAGUAAUUAAGCAGCCGGGCUCUGCGUCGCAAGCAUCAGAUGUCAAGACUGCUGAUAAUAAAAUAAGCGCUGCGAAUGUGAAUAAAGAAAACAAUCCUGGGCUUCGCGACGCCUUCAAUACAGCCGGUUCUCAGAAGUACGAGGCUAUGCUAAGCAAGCCUAUUUAUAGAUUAAAAUCUGACCAGCCUACUGUUGAACCAAUUUACGGUGCUGUAGUUGGCGACGCAAACAUUCAGCUUGAAUCUGGUACCACACCUGCCACACAAGUCGUUACGAUGAAAUCGGGUGAUCAGUUCCCUUCUCUAUCGUCAUCAUCAAGUAGCAAGGUUGAUAGAAGCAAACUCCACGGUAUCCCAAUACAUUUAGGUUGGCAAAAACCAACCCUACCUUUGUCUUCUAACAAAGAUGCCGUAAAUGGCGAAGCCGUAAUGACAGAACCAGCAACAAGGCCAAAGCCACCUACAGAACCAUAUGUUGCUACAGUCACGGAAAGUCCUACGCGCACAACCACUACCACACCCAUGACAACAACUACCACACCAGAACAAACCACUACUACAGAACCAACUACAACUACCACCACUACCGAACCAACGACAACAACCACCACGGCUGCCCCAACCACUACCAUCACCACCACAGAACCAGCGACAACUACUACUGCUGCCCCAACUACUACCAUCACCACUACAGAACCAACGACGACCAUCACUACUACAGAACCAACGACGACCACCACCACUACAGAACCAACGACGACCACCACCACUACUACAGAACCGACGACAACCACCACCACUACUACAGAACCGACUACAACCACCACCACUACUACAGAGCCCACAACAACAACAACAACAGAACCGACGACAACAACAACCGAACCGACGACAACCACCACUUCUACAGAGCCCACAACAACAACAACAACAACAACAGAACCGACGACAACCACAACUACUACAGAACCGACAACUACCACCACUACUACAGAACCGACAACCACCACCACUACAGAACCGACGACAACCACCACCACUACAGAGCCCACAACAACAACAACUGAACCGACAACAACAACAACAACAGAACCGACAACAACUACCACCACUACGGAACCAACUACUUCUACGACUACUACUACAGAACAAACGACUACCACCAGCACAAGCACCACCACCACUCCAGAACCCAUGACUACCACUGCUGCCCAAAUUAACACUGCUCAUGAAGUACCAUUACCAACCACGGGAGCAGCGGAAAUUACCACGACGAUCGCGUCAGCUGAUAAUUGGAUUGGUUCAUUUGUUACAGGAAAACCUGUAAUUAACCAACAGUUAAAUCACACGACAAACUUACCGUCCUCAUCACAAUCGACAACAGGUCGCGCGCACAAUCAAACCCCUCUUAAUAUGCUAGUAACAUCCUUACCGGAAAGUACUGCUGCAAGCGAAAUGGUUCAAACUAAGCAAGCUUCUACUUUUGGCCAAACACAGGCUUCUACAUCCGAUUCAUCUAUCUUUCAAGAUGCACCUUCAUCACCCCCAACAGAUUUAUUACCAACAACUCUGCAACGUUCAUCGACCCAAAUGCAAUAUGAUGUGUCACCUACUCAAAAGGAAAUUACACAAACAGAUGCAACAUCACAUUCGCCUAUUUCCGCUAUUCCGACGGAUUCGUCAACACAUACUACAGGUCCUCUUGUUGCGAGUCCGAUGGGUGGAGCCCGGAUAGACACUUUCCAGCAGGGUCAGCCAAUGCAACCACUUAACAAGAUGGACGCACUCAUGAUCAAUCCGUCUCAAGCACCGACUGCUGCUACACAGCAAAAGAGGAGAGAGCCGUUAGUCCCCGGUUACAUCGCUCAAUCCAAUGCCCCACUUAAUCAAAAACCUGCGAACCAGUGGCCGACAAAAGCCCCACACGUCACUCCUGGUGCACAGGGACCCACCUGGACACAGGGUAUAAAUCAGCCACUCUCUACGUUCCCACAGUCCAUUUUGAUAGAUACUGAGCCACAUAAUGCUUUAUUGGCAUCAUCGAAACCAGGCUACCAGCCUGAGGUACCCAUUGUUUCUGUCAAACAGAAAACGUUUGCAAAUAAAAAUAAAGAAGCACCAUUAGCUGAUGUCAACACCGGUUUAAACACAUUUGCUGGCGAACAACAACCUUUAGAUGGAAAGUUUGCCCAUCAAACUGAUGUUAAAAUGAUGAAAAAUGUCAAAAGUGUGAUGGCUGACUAUUCUAUAAUAAAGGACGCUGGUCCAAUGGGACCGCUACUGCCAGGAUCUCCGGCACCACCAACAGAGAUGAGACAAAUGUACAAGUCAACUCCAACUGACGUACGAUUACAAACUGGCAGUCCACAAUACGCAGGAAUUACUGAUAUUGUCUACCAAGCAACAAACACUCCCGUUCUCACAGGCGUUCCAUCAACUGGUUUUACCAACGCCUGGACUACUGUGGUCACCAGACCGCCACCGGAAGUAACAGUGACCACCACAGUACCUACAACAACAACGACAACUGAGCCAACCACGACAAACGUCUACACUAGGUUAUCGGUCAUCGUUAAUCAGGAAAAAAUGAAAAAGGAGAAGGCGAAGGAGUUGGCCGAGUUGAGGAGAGCUCUGCAGGAUCUUGGUAUUGCGAAUGCCAGUGGAUUGUAUCAAAAAUUAGUAAAACUCUCAGCAGCUGCAAGAAAAAAUAUUCUGAAGAGGGCAACUUUGAUAAAAACGCAGAAAAAGAAACGUUCUAAAACAAAUCGCAGGAGUGGUUAAAUCAUAAAGGAACGAUUUAUGAGGAAAAAGACAAUAUCGAACGAUCCACUGGAUACUCAAUGGUAGGACUGCAUCACGACUCCACUUUGUCAUUCAGAUAACCAAAUAUGCAGUAUCCAUUUCUUCUACUAACUUUAAGAUGAAAGUUAUUUGUUUUUUUAUUAUAUUUGAGCAAAAUUCAUAUGAAUAAAUAAAUCAUAGACUUUUCUUCCUAUUUUUGAAUGAAGUUAAUCUAACAAACGGGCCCACAAAAAUUAAUGAUUAUAUAAUGCGUCGUGUGUUUGAGUUCAAAUGAAUAUUUGUAACGAUUCGCUCGUGUUUGUGUUAUAUGUAUCACGGUUUAACUAUUUUUAGUUAUUCAGAUGAAUUUCCGGAUUAAUUAAAACAACAAAUAUGUCGAACAUUUUUGUUAAACUAUUUGAAUUCCAGUGCGAAUGUGGGCGGAACCUAUCUUUUAUAACUGUGAACCUGGGAUUCUAUUAGCCAUCAAAAAAGCAGAAUGAUUCACUGUUGGAGUUAAGUGAUGAAUUGACAAAGAAUGCAAGAUAAAAUGUGAUAUAUUCAGUAGAAUAAAGUUAAAUGCUAAAGAUAACUAGCUGAAGGUCGAGACUCAUGGUUGUUUGUUGUGGCCAAUGUGUUCUGCUGGCCAGAAACAAAAGGUCAGUCUAACUUUCUAAUAUGUUAUAUAAUUGUCCAGCGUUCGUUUAGUGUGCAAUAAACGUCAAAAUGUUUUUAUUUGAAUCUUAUCAAGUUUAAUGUCUUGAGCAUGACAACGAACACGCCGUCGGCCCGUGCUCGCUGGUCACGUGGUAACGAUAAUUAAAUGUACAUCUAAUUGAAGUCUUAAACAAUACACGCUUGGCUUUUUUAAUUAGACGUCCUCCGUAUAAAGAUUAAUUAUGCUGUAUAUACAUUAUUUAAAUAUUUAUCAUAUAUUAUUUCCGUGACACGAAGUCCGGAUGACAAGAUAUGCUACGUUUUUAUUACUUUCUUGGACAAGAUAUUUGGAUAUUAUUCAACCUGAUGUAAAUCUUCCCUGGUACCGCACCUAAUGUAGGGGUAUAUGAUAAUGAUUAAAGAGAUCCAAACCUUAUAUAGGUAAUUCUUAUUCUUAAAUUAAAACCAUAAAUAUCACAUAAAAAUAUAAUGUUUCUUAAUUAUAACACCUUAAUUCAAAAGGUCACUUAAUCAAAACGAGAACAUUAUAUGACCCUUCAGUUUUCAUUAAAACGGCGGUAUCUGAUUGGUUCGUAAAACGUCCCAUUGGGUGUGCUGCCAUACGUUUGCCACAUCGAACAGUGUACUGAUUUAAGCCGUGGUGGUAUCAUAAAGACAGAAAUUUGAUUUGAAAUUUCUAUAAAUCCUAUGCUAGGCUAUCUGUAACCUUUUCCUAUUACAUUUGCCUUGUGAUGUGGAACGAUGAUAUUGAAGUGAUAAACAUGUAACAUAGGCUUUAACACAUCAAUUGUAUAUACACGUCAUUUGUAUCAGCUGCUACAGCAAAGUUUCACCAAAAUCAAUAAAAAACCAGAAAUAAUC